ACUAAAAUCUGAUAUAAUAAAAAUACAGUUUUAUUGCAAAUAUUAAGUGCAAUUAUUAAGUUUCUGAAAUACCUACCUAUUAAGUGUUUAAUCUAUGACAGUUUGUACAAGCAAGCAUGAAAUUUUAUGCUCCUAAUUUAAUUCCUGGUUUUGUUUUAUUCAAAUUGUUAUAAAAAAGAGUAUCGGAGUUUCGGCAACCGACAAUAUUUAUUACAGUGUUAAAAUGGAUGAAAAUACUACAUUUAAUGUUUUAGUAGGUGUUACUGGAAGUGUUGCAGCUAUAAAGAUACCGAAUUUAAUAAAAUCCGUGUUGGAGUUACGAAGCGAGACUCGAUAUAAUUUUAAGGUACGACUAAUAGUAACAGAACAUGCAAAGCACUUCUUUGAGUGGACUGAAAUGCCCUUGGAUGUACUAAGAUAUGAUGACUCUUCAGAAUGGGUAACAUGGAAAGGAAGAGGAGAUCCAGUAUUACAUAUAGAACUUGGAAAAUGGGCUGACAUAAUGGUUAUAGCACCAAUGGAUGCUAAUACAUUAGCAAAAGUGGCAUUGGGCAUGUGUGAUAAUUUAGUCACAUGUACAGUAAGAGCAUGGAACUUCUCCAAACCUCUGCUAUUUUGUCCAGCUAUGAAUACUAGAAUGUGGGACCAUCCAAUCACAGCCACUCACAUUUCUACACUACGAGCCUGGGGUUUUAUUCAAAUACCACCCAUAACUAAAACUUUGAUGUGCGGUGACACCGGUGUAGGUGCCAUGGCAGAAGUAGAGGCAAUUGUUGAAAAAAUCAAAUUAAUAGCUGAUAUGAAAAUGAAUAGAACACAAUAAGUAAAUAUUGGUAUCUGCUUUUGUAACUGAUCCUUGUUUAUAUAUUUUUAAUACAAAUGUCGUUGUGAAGUCAAUUUGGAAAAGUUUUUUUUGUAAAUGCACUGUUAAAACACAGCAUACUUUUUCCAUCACUGUGACCAACAGCCGAUGUAAAAAUUUGGCAUUGGUAGUACAAUUGAAUAAAUGAUUGUCAACGUCAGCAGAAUGCUAUAACUGUGAUGCAGAUAAUUUGAAAACCGUUGAGUUUAUUACACACUUAUACAUACAUAUAUUAAGACCUGAAUAUAUGAUUUAGAUCUUAAAAUAUCUAAAUAAAUCUAGAUCUAAAAAUUAGUAAUUUGGGCAAAGAUGAGUUCAACUCUUGUUUUAAUUUCCAGAAAAAGUAAGUAGUUCCUAUAACAUACAAAUUUAAAAGUAUUAAUGAUUCUCCGAGAUAAUAGUCUGUUUUAAAAAAUUGUACAUCAAUGAAAAUUUAAAAGUGUUGGUAAUUGCUCUCCGUGUAAUGAUGACUGAUUUGGAAUUUUUAUAUAGAAUGUCUGAGAUAAAAUUGAGUAAAGUGUUUCAAGGAUAUAAUUAUCUGAUAUGCAGAAAAGCAUAACAUAUUUAUUUAAAUGUGAAUGACACUAAAAUGCCCGUUGACUCUGUUGCUUCUCAGGUCUUGAGUUGUUUUUAAUUUGAAUUUUUUUUUUUUAUCAUCUCCACAUUAGUCUAUAAUGGUAGUCGCGAUGUAAUGUUAUAUUUUUUGUUUUGAUGCAAGAACUGCAAAAUGUCUAUGAGUGCAUUCAUUACGUUUAACUUUGUUUAAGUAUUUUCAUUUAUUGACACAACCAGUGCUAGUCUCGGGCAUAUUGCAAUUCGAUUGGUUAUGUCUUCGAUAAAAUACUUUCUAAUCUUUAGUUGUUAUAUACAAUUUUAUUUGAUGUUCUUCUUGUUAUUUACAUAGUUAAACAAAUGUCUUAAAAUUGACAUAUUUUCUUUAAGUCAAAUGUAUGUAGUCAGUUGCAGUUUACUGGUGAUAAGACCUUUUGUGAGUCCGCGCGGGUAGGUACCACCCACCCUGUCUAUUUCCACCAUGAAGCAGUAAUGCGUUUCGGUUUGAAGGGUGGCGCAGCCGUUGUAACUAUACUUGAGACCUUAGAACUUAUAUCUCAAGGUGGGUGGCGCAUUUACGUUGUGGAUGUCUAUGGGCUCCAGUAACCACUUAACACCAAGUGGGCUGUGAGCUCGUCAACCCAUCUGAUCAAUAAAAUAAAAAAAGUCAAUAUGACUGCAUAUAUGGCAUACAUUUAAUAUCGUAUUAAUGAAUUAUUGAGAUGGUUAUUAAAGUAAGUUUUGCGCUAACGCUUCUAGUCAUCUUAGAGGUACUAAAAAAGAGUGAGCACGAAUGACUAUCGAAAAAGUAUUCGUAUCGCUAUCGAGAUAAAGUGUAUAUAGGAUUAAAACAGCGCCCCUACCGGCCGUAAAAAUAAUUAAUUUCAGCGGCACGAAUGAAUUUACUUUCGUUUCGCAAUUGAGUUGUCACGUUCUCGAAUCUGAAAACUUAUAAUCGAGAGCACGAAAAUUGUUUUGACAUACGGUAACGUAAAUUUCGAAGGCUGGCUGGCUAUCGAGUACCUACUACUAUAUAAUGUAAUGACGCGUUUUCUUAUCGAGGACUCGAUAAAUUUACAUUACGAAUUCGAUAGAUUUUCGUGCUUGACGUACAGUUUUUUUUUAUUUUUCAUUUUUUUAUUGCUUACAUGGUUUGACGCUUGCAGCCCACCUGGUGUUAAGUGGUUACUGGACCCCAUAGACAUCUACAGCGUAAAUGCGCCACCCACCUUGAGAUAUAAGUUCUAAGGUCUCAAGUACCUAUAGUUACCCUCGUGCGUUCUGGUUUGAGCUGGUGUACGACUCACAUUUUGACCUCACGUCAAAUGUGGUUUCUACAGGUUCUGAUAACCGCUUAAAACUAUAUGGGGCGUCAGCUCGUCUGCCCAUACGCACAAUAAUAAAGCUUCGGGGUUUCUUGCGUGACGAGAGAUCCGUUUCACGAAACAUUACUAGAAAAAUUAACAUUAUUAUUUAGAUAAAAUUUCAAAUGAAAAGUUAGUACAGUGUUUAUAUUACUUUAUUAAGUUUAUUUAAAAUUUUAUUGUGAUAUAUUUGAAAUAAAAUAACUUUUUUAUAUUA